AUGAGUGGUACAAUAUCCGCCUUGGACAACGACGGCCGGUCCAGGGAGGGGUUCAUCACCGUAACGGCACGAGAUGGCAUGCCCCUCAGAUUUUACCGAACUCAAGAGCACGACAAGGGUAAUGCCGCAAUAAAAUCCUUCAUCCGGGACGAAUUCGCCGGGGAUCAGGAUGAAUGGGAUGCACUGAGAAGAUAUGCAGUCGAAGUCAUUGAGGAUGGCUUACGUGAUCUGGGCAUCCGAGCACGAGUGACAAGCAGAGUCAAGUCUCUCCAAUCUUUAGAGAAGAAGCUGCACGAGAGGAACCUCCAGAAGCCAUACUCUGACAGGGACAGCAUCUUGGCCGACCAAAUCGACUUCGUCGGCAUUCGUAUCAUCUUGUUCUACCCCAAUCAGAAGUCUGAGGUCAUUCAGAUGCUUGGGAGACUCUUCGAGUAUCGUUCUACGCGCUCGUUUCGUCGAGACUGGAAGCCUAAAAAGUGGCAAGUCAACGACAAAGUGCAUGGGGAAUAUUCAGCAGAUCACAUCUGGUUGCGCAUCCAAGAUACCGAACCUCCUACGGAGGCACCAAUGCCCGGGAAAUACAUCAACCAACCUUUCGAAGUUCAGCUCCGCUCACUACUGAUGGAUGUCUGGUCAUCGAUGAGCCAUGAUCUACAGUACAAAUCAUACCAAGGGACUCUCUCCGCCACGGAGCACAGUCUACUCGAUAUGCUGAAAGGUUCUACGGAAAAGGGCGAUGCUGAGAUCGGCUUACUUGGGCAACCUGAGAAACCGAAGCUCCAUGGGGCUGGCGACAAAACACUGCCCGUGCCAAGAGCAUUUGACGAAAUCCUCGAACAACACCUGCUGCGAGACAAGUCUCGUGAAGAGCACCAUGAUGAAGUCGAGUUGCUCAUCACAGCGCUCAAAGAGGCUGCUGUAACCGCUCCCCCAAAGGUCGGAGAAUGCCUUGUCGAGUGUGCGGAGCAGCUUACGGCACUCCGUUCCCAACAUCUUGACCGCCUCGAGUUGGACAAAAAGCCCCUCAGUCUCAAUGAAGUACACAAGAUACUCACAGACCACAUACCGCAACACGUCAUUUCCGAAGUGCCCAUGGGGAACAUGGAGCUCUUGCUAUUGAUGCUACAGCGCAUGAACGCCAGCACUCCGGACAAACUAAGAGGCUUUCUGUUGAACCGGAAUGUCAGAGGUCGUAUUGACGAGGAUUUGAAGUCGUGGAGCCGACAUGACAAGCUGCUACCUCCAACAAUAUCCCUCUACAUAUUGAAGAGGAUUCUGGAAGAGUUGGUUCGUGAAGACAUGAUCACGAUAAAAGACGAGUCGCGACGUUUCUAUUAUGGGGACAACCUGAUUUCAGCGGCAGAAAACGCUUGGCUUCAUUCCAAUUCGUUCGAUCCUGCGGACAGUUUGCUCAGUCACUCCCUCUCACAAACCCUGAUAUGGGUCUACCACGCUGUUGACCGAGGUUCAAACUGUACGCUCCAGCCUUGGCAGAUUGAAAAGUGCGCAAGAGUCUGGGCCGCGUUUGUAAGUACUUCCCAUGGUUGUCACUGUCGAGGUGACCUUGUCGCAGAGCUGUCGUACCUGGGUUUAAUGCCAAGCCCACAAGAGCUUGCAGACAAGCAGGCUUGUUCUUCUUCUCUGCAUUCUCAAGUCCAGCGCCAUGAACACCUUUUGGAUGCACAAGUCAGCAGCAGUAGCCUGGUUAUUCCGCCUCGAAAUCAGUGCCUCUUCAAAUUCAUACGACAGCUGCAAUCGAUCGAUCCAGAGUCGUGGAAUAGAGGGAUUGGCAAGUUCUUUUCAAAGCAGGAGGGACGUCUAGCUGAGCUUUUAUGGGGCGAUGAGGUCGACGGCCAUGUCUCUUCUCCGGUGCGUAUUUCAGCCUGGCUUGCUGAAAUUGGUGAAGAUGGUCUUCUCCAGGAGUACCUUGACCCCGAGUGGGAUCCGACUGCCACAACAACAAGUGGACUAUCCAAGAUGGGGAAACUGGUGCAUUUGGCCAUAACCCUUGGCAAUGAGGAGAUGAAGAAGAUUACUUUAUCUAUCGUGUACACCGUCUCCAACGAGCCAGGAGGGAGUGAAUGUGAAAGUGGCAGCUCGAUUGUAGAGCGCAUCGCGUUCUGGCUUGCUGAUAUCGGGGAACAUGACCUUCUUCAGGAGUACCUCAACCCGGCAUGCGACUUGGCAAGAACGGCGCGUGGUUUUGUCAUGAUGCGGAAGCUAUCCGAGCUGGCUACCAAGUAUGGUAAUGAAGAUGUGAAGGAGUUUACCAGUUCGAUGAGAAUCCCCAGUUUGAAGCAGUCUAGGGCGGCUCCAAAAGACAAGAGCAUAGAUGGUCAAUAG